GAACUGCAGCGCGCGAGCGGGAAGCAGCGCGGACCGAGCGAGGCGAGCGAGUCGUCGCUUGUUGUGGAUGGCGCGCGACGACGGCGACGGUGGUGGGGCGGCUGAGCAGCGGCGUAGGAGGGUGGCGCUGCGCGUGCUCCUUGCCGGUGGAGAGGCUGCCUCGCCGGAGGCGGUGGAGGCGAGGGGGAGGAGCGGCGGUGGGGGGAACAAGGGGCUCGCGUCGGCGGCGCUGCGCGGGCUCGGGUGCACGUCGACGGCCGCGCUGCGUGCCCACGCGCCGGGCUCCGCGGCGGAGGCUGCUCGGGGUUCGUCGGAGCGCUGGCAAGGGAGGCGGCCGCGGAGGAAGGGGCAGGAGAGGCGGGGCGGCGGAGGAGGCGUGGGGCCGGCGCCCGCCGCUGCUGCCGGGGACGUGUGGUGCACGUGCGCUCCGGGGAUACCGUUCGCCGCCGAGGCGUCAUCGGUGGACUGCGUGGUGGCGCGCCACCACCACGCGGCGGCGAUGGGCUCCGGCCGCCGCGGGGAGGCGGAGCGGCGUCACAGAGAGAGGCCGGCCGCUCCUCGGCCUCGCAGGGUGACCAUGCGGGAGCACAUAUCGUCGUCGCUGAUGGACUCGCCGCCGCUCCCCGACAUGCCGCUCCUCAACGCCGACCUGCUACCACCGCCUCCCGGCCGCCACCGCCACCGCCACACCCAUGUCGGCGCCGAGGAAGAGAUUAUGAUGUUUAGAACACGACUGCUUUGGGGAAGAAUGGGUAUGCAUGAUCAGCACCAGGAUUGGCGCCUUGAUGUUGAUAACAUGACAUAUGAGGAGCUGCUGGAUCUUGAAGACAGAAUUGGAUAUGUAAGCACAGGGUUGCAUGAUGAUGAAAUCACACGCAGUCUUAGGAUGGUAAAAUAUUCAGCAUUCAACCCCAAGAAUUUUGUAGAAAGGAAUUGUAGCAUUUGUCAGGAAGAGUUUGAAGCAAAUGAGGAAGCAGGGAGGCUGAUCUGUGGGCACAGCUAUCAUGUGCAAUGCAUAAAGCAGUGGCUUUCUAGGAAGAACACCUGCCCUGUCUGCAAGACUGCUGUCUCAAAGACAUGAAAAUCCAAUCAGUUCCCUGAGCUAGAGUACAUCUACCAUUCACUCCAUCAUACUUGCAUUAAGAAUUUGUGGGAAGGAUUUGCUCUUUCACACUGUUGUUUGUACUUGUACAGUACAGCUCUCCUUGCACAUGAUACUUUGUGUAAGCUCAAGUCUGAAGCAAGCAUCUGCUGAUCUGCAUUUGCAUAUAGAAAUCUACAUGUUUCCAGAUUUUCCCAGUGUCUACUGAAUAUUAAUUCAGGUGAAAGAUAAAUAAGAAGAGAAAAAAUCUUCUUUUUUUGUUUGA